UUAUUAGCUUCUUCUCAAUUAGCUAGUUUAAGGACGUCUGAUCUGACCAGUGUUAAGUAGUUUGAGGUAAAGGAGAGAAUGUUGAUGGAUCAGUUAGAGGUCCAUUUAGAACGACAUUAAACUUGUAAAAUCAUACAAUUAUAUUAAAUUAAAUACUAGUAACACGAUUAAUUCUGUUCAAUUUGAUGUAUGAACUAACAGCCAGACAAUAAGAUUUUGCGUUAUCUCUAAAAACGAAAUUUUUUAAUUCAUGUUUUUUGUUACGUUCUCAUCACGUGGACAUGGCGUGAUAAUCAUGACACAAAAAGCAAUUGUUGACAUGCUUGGAAUUCUAAUAAACGAUGUAACAAAUUCAAUAGAAGAACGUGAUAGCAAUUACGAAUCAAAAAUUUUGAUUGGAUAAAACUUAUUAAGAACUUGAAUGUGAUUGGUUAAUUACGCAAAUGACAAUAAAUGAAUACAUUUUUGAUAUUAUGUUUAAGGAGUGCCAGAAAGUAUCUAGUCACAGUUGGAACUUUCUAACUAAGAUGGCAAAUAAAAACGUGGUUCUAACAAAGUUACGUGCUACGGAAGCAGAUACAAGCAGGGAUGAUAUUCAUAUGCGUGACAUGCCAAAUGGGAAUGGAGAUGUAAAGAUAAAGGUGUCAGAGGAAGAGAAGGAUCCCUUUGAUGCUAUCGAAGAUUUUAAACCUGUGGGUCCACCAUGGACAGAACUCAAUACUGGUCAAAAGUGUAAACGUGUCUUAGUUACUACUGCAAAGAUUAUUGUAUUACUUGGCCUGUUGUAUUUGUUUAUUUGCUCGCUCAGUUUUUUGGGAUCAGCUUUUCAACUUUUAGGAGGAAAAACUGCAGGUGAAGCCAUUUCUUCACAAAGCUUGAUUUCUAAUCCAGUUGCCGGUCUCAUGAUUGGCGUCUUAGCAACGGUUCUGCUGCAAAGUUCUUCAACUACAACAUCUAUCGUUGUUGCCAUGGUUUCCUCUCAAAUUCUGCAGGUGCGACCGGCAAUUCCGAUUAUUAUGGGCGCAAAUAUCGGAACAAGUGUGACCAACACUAUAGUUGCUUUUGGACAGAUAGCCGAUAAAGACCAAUUUCGACGUGCCUUCGCCGGCGCUACAGUUCACGACAUGUUCAACUUGCUCUGCGUCUUAAUACUAUUGCCGGUAGAAGUUAUUACUGGCUAUCUCUACCACCUAACUGAAGCUAUAGUAAGCUCAGCGGAGUUAAAAACCGAUAAAGGGCUCAAAAAGGAUCUGCUCAAAGUCAUCACAAAACCCUUCACCAACCUCAUUCUUCAACUUGACAAAAAAUUAAUCGAAAAAGUUGCUAAAGGAGACAAAUCUGCCGAAGAUAAAAGCUUGAUAAAAUUUUGGUGCAAUGACACGAGUAAAAUGAUGGCUAAUGUGACGACGACAAAUGUAACGACAGUGCUUAAUAUGACAACAUCUGUUAACGUCACAAAAUUGAAGGAAAUUAAAGUGAUAACGAAGGUGGAGAAGUGUGACUUUCUCUUUCACGAUUCAGGACUUUCGGACACCAUCGUUGGUAUUAUCAUGUUGGUCAUUGCGCUUGUUAUUCUGUGCAUUUGCUUGGUUCUGAUUGUAAAAACAUUACAUUCCUUGCUCAGAGGUCAAAUUGCUCUUGUUAUUAAAAAAACCUUUAACUCAAAAUUUCCCAAACCAUUUGGCUUCUUAACAGGAUAUGUUGCUAUCCUGGUAGGAGCAGGUAUGACUAUACUUGUACAGUCAAGUUCGAUUUUCACUUCAGCCUUGACACCUUUAGUUGGGCUGGGCAUUGUUCCUUUAAAAAAAGUUUAUCCAUUAACAUUGGGUGCCAAUAUCGGGACAACUGUUACUGGCAUAUUGGCAGCUUUGGCUGCAUCUGGAGAUUUACAACUCUCUUUACAAAUCGCACUGUGCCAUUUGUUCUUUAACAUUUCCGGGAUAUUAAUCUGGUACCCUGUCCCACUCAUGCGAAGAAUACCGAUAAAAAUGGCGAAAAGACUUGGUAAUACGACCGCAAGUUACCGUUGGUUUGCGCUAAGUUACCUGGUGAUCGUCUUCUUUGUCAUGCCAGCUCUGAUCUUCGCUUUAUCUUUGGCAGGAUGGAAAGUGUUUGUAGGUGUUAUGGUACCUAUAGCUUGUCUUGUAGUAUUCAUUGUCAUAAUCAAUAUUAUUCAAGCAAAAAAGAAAUCACUCUUACCCAAACCUCUACAAACAUGGGAAUGGGCACCUCUCAUGCUACGCUCUUUGGAGCCUUACGACAGAGGAAUAUCAAAAAUUGGCCGUAAGUUUAAGAGGCGAUGAGGAAGUAAAUCGUUGUUCCGUUACGAAUUGGAAACAGACAUUCUUUUCAACCAAUACUUUAAUAAGUUUGACAUCAACGGAGUAUCUCAUUGUCAAAAUGUAAUUUUGCGUUAGUAAUUUGUUAGGAGUGUUAGCAUGGAAUGUUUGCCACUAGGUUAUUAAUGGAAUUUGAAUUUUUCUCAUCGAAUUCAAAUAUUGAGUACUCUUAUCGUAUCUUAAUAGUCACUGUGUAGCCUACUCUUUGGUAGUAAAUAAUAUUUAGAGUACAAUUUUUUCACGAUAUUUAUUUAUUUCACACUUGUUUUACAUUUUAUGUAUUCCUGAUUUUAGAAAUUUUUUUUUGACAUUUUUGUUCUUCUUUUGUAUAUUAUCUUAUAUUUUAUUACUUCUCAGAACUGAAAAUUUAAAAUUGCAUCCUUUUACAUGCAAAGUUUUUAAGAAAUUAAGCCUUGUGUUGCAUAUUGUAAAGAAGAGUUUUGACACAACACGAUGCUAGUUCAAUUUUAACUCGUGAUAAACAUAUAGGAUUUGUUUAUUCAGCUUUUAAUUAGUUAAAUUAGGAUUUUGUUGUUUUAAUUUAACCUAUGAUAUUUUAAUUUGCUUUACUACAUUUAGGAUUUUGUUAUUUUUUAUAGUAUUUUUAGAUGCGUUGUAUUCCCGUGAAACUGUCUAUCUAAUUUUCACAAUGCCAAAGAUAAGAUGGUUUGUGUAAACACAAUAGCUUCCAAUGCAGCAGAGAAUCACCUUCCUCCUUUCUCUACACCUUCGUUCUCAUUGAGCCUCAAUAAAUUCCCAAGUAAAAAGUAUUCAGACUUAGCAUGAUUCACACCAGAGCACUGCAAAAAUAUUCCGAAUUUGCAGGGUUUUAAAGGUUUGUGAUUGUUUCAGAAGCGAUUCUUUUAAUAGUAAUUAUUGUCCAUCUGACUUUUCUAUAAUAAGAGAAUGACUUGUUCAAA